CACGAUGAACACAGACACGUAAGCAUUCCCUGCCCCUCGCAACAUGACAGAUUACGGCACGCAACAUCCCUUUCUGCAGCCAGGUCGCUCGCCCAUCCCUUUCAGUCACAUUUAUCCAUCAGUCCGGCACACAAGCACCGUCGCACACACAUGAAUUGGGGCACACACCAGCUGCACGAACCAUCCGUCAUACCCAUCCAUGAAUGCACCCCACUCCACCGGCUCCCUGCAACCCUGACCGACACGGAGAGAGAGAGAGAGAGAGUGAGGGAGAGAGCUGGCAGCUAGGCAGAGAGGGAGGGAGAGAGGGGGUCACAAAUAGGCGAAGUACUGCAAGCAAUCAAUACACGCGCCGGUAGUCAACGCAUACAUGUUCUACCGGCUCGAUCAACAGACAGACAGACAGACAGGAAGGCAGGUCGAUACUGGUGCAUCAGGCAAGAAAAUACAAUUCUGACUCGCUCACAGUGAAGACACGUACACGGGCAAGUGGAGGCACGGCCAUAGAGGCAGCCAAGCAGGCAGGCAGGCAGACAGGCGAAUUAAGGCGACGGUUCUGGUUCUCUUCUUUUCAGGACGAUCGGUCCACCCAUGAAUCCCACGUCCAUCCAUCUAUCUGUCUGUCCAGUCACCAUUCUUGUAAGCACGUGUUGCCAGGCAAGCACGUGAUUCAUGGGAGGGUGCUGUCACACCCUUCCCUUCCCAGCCAGGCACACAGAGAGGCAAGCAGGCAGUCAGGCCGAUCUCCCAAGCAGAGAGAAAAAGAUUCUGCUGCAUACAUGGAAGAGGAGAGAGGGCAAAGAGCGUACUGACUGUAGCAAAGAAAGGUCCAUCGAUGAAUGAUAUGCUUGAUAUGACGGACGGACGGACGGACGGACGGGCGGAUGGAUGGAUGGAUUGUCGAUGCACGCACAUUCCACACAGACAGAUAGAUGCAGUGACGCCACCACGGAUGCACGCAGUAGGGCACGCACAUAAACACUCAGAUGAUUGAUGCACGCAACGCACAUACAAUGCAUUGACUAACACACUCAACAAACAUCAUGAAUGAAUGAAAGAGAGUGCCAAUCAAUCAAUGAAUCAACGGGGACUAAACCACUUUGUUUCUCUGCUUGCGUCAAGCCAAUCAGUCAGCCACUCAACCCACCAGCCCGCCCGCCCGCCCACGUAAAGUCCCUCGCCCCCCUCCCUCCCUCCCUCCCUCUCUCUCUGUUUACGCUCUCUCGUAAGUCAGUGAGUUGUCUGUCCGUCUCCUGCCGUCCUCACUUAAACACAGGCAGACAGACAGACAGACAGGCAGGCGGGCAUUCCAGCCAGCCAUCUUUGCUCCCAUCCGUCCAUCCACAUGCAAAAAAGGCCUUACUCACAUCACAUCACAUCGAUGGUACAUAUACAGUCCACAAAACACCCAUGGCUCGUAUGCACCGACGAAAGACCGACAGGAUGGUCCAUCCGUCCAUCCAUCCAUCCGUGUCAUUCGUUCGUCGCUGCUGGACAGCGACGCGAGUCAUGUUCUUGGCGGCAUACGCAGACAGACAGCUAGACAGAGAAGGUGUGUCAUCACGCUGACUAUGUGCUAACUACUAAGAAGGCAGCCUGGCUUGCUGGCUGGACAUUUCAGCUCCCCUCCUGUCCUCUGUCUGUCUAUCUGUCUCUCUGUCUGUCGUCUUGGCUUCUUACAAGAAGGAUGAACGAUGUACGCAUGAUACGGACAUACCAAACACAGCACUAGGUGACACGGUUAACAAACGCAUGAACCAGCACAUGCACGCACGGUCAGUCAUAAAAAGGCAGCAUGUCCGUACGCAUGUAUGUGUGUACGCCGAGUGAGUGAGUGAGUGAGUGGAUGGAUGGGCUGGCGAGUGGUGGCUGGCUGGCUGGCUGGCUGUUGUGUGUGCACCUACCUCCCCACCGACUCUCUCAUUCACUCUUUUCAACGCGCCCCACCCACGCCCCCUCCUCCCACUCACUCUCGGCAACUCCAUCCAUCCAUCCAUCCAGACAAGCAUAUCAAUCAAGAACACCUCCCUCUCUUUUUGCCUUGCCUGCCGUCGGGUCGUAUGCGGCCUCUAGCGAGGAGUCAGUCAGCCAUGACAUAGCGCUUAAAUGGUCGCACUUAUGUACUCAUUCACUCGCACACAAUACACACACAAAAUACACACAACACACACAGACAGACACACUCACGCCAGGCUCAAUACGAUCGAUCUUUACGGCACAGCGGAACACCCCACCCGCCCCCCGCCCCCCGUGUGCAGAAAAUACACAGAGGGCUGGCUGGUUGUCGGCUGUCUUCCAUCGCCGAUUGAGUCCCUCAGACUCCCUCACACACCUUGAUGAGCGAUCCGCUAUGGUAGCGGGACACACAUGGAGGCGCGUGAGGAGUUCGAAGGAACUCAGGCGAACAAGACGCCCGCCGACCAUAGAAAGGAAGCGAAGAGGGAAUCGGUCAAUAAAAGGCCCACCGCUGCCAGGCGCUGCACUGCAUUCAUUCACUAAGCAAUAAUCAGUAAUGGGGAAAAAUGAUCGAUCACUCGAUAGAUUGAUCCAUCCCCGUUUGCUGUGUGUCGCCCCUCGGCUACCCUUCCCGCCUCUCCCCGUCCCGCCCACAAGAGUACGUAAUCAAAGGAUAAGAACAGAAAUGUCAUUGUGAAGAAGAAGGCAAGAACACGCCACCCAGCCAGCCAGCACCAACUACAACACAACACAACACAACACACCACCCCCACGCACAUUGACUGAAUGAACUUAAGUGCCGACUUAUCGUACGUACGCACGCACUGUGUGUAGUGUGGGUACCCCACCCCACCCACCACCCGCCAUACGGCCCUCCCGUAUACAAUGUGCAAAACAGAGUGGAUGCAUGGAUGGAUGGAUGGAUGGAUGCCCCCCGUAAAGAAAUCGAUAAUAAGCGAUAGUGCAAGUAGUGGCUGGCAAGUGACCAGCGGAGUGAGUGAGUGGGGGUACAAAGCAAAACCGACGCGACGAUGCAGUCACUCAUUCAUUCACCAAACACAGACAGGCAGGCACAGAAACUAGGUGCGUAAACACUCUGCACUGACCAUAUGACAAACCGCAAUACCAUCCAUCACAAGUGUACAUGUCGAUGUGGGUGGGUGAGUGUCCUGCCUGCAGCCCCUAUGCCAUUCCACAUUCGCUGCCUGGCUGGCCAAACAAGCCAUCCAUCCAACCAUGAAUCCCAGCCCCAUGGUCAGUCAAGUCAAUCAAUCACCCCGACAGUCCCUCCCCCUCCACCCCUCCUGGUGCCACAGCGCGUCGUCAGUCGAUCAUCUUCUCGCCACCCGCGGCGAUGACCACCCGUGGCUGGUUGGCGCAUGGUGAGGCGGAUGGGGCGGUGUGUAAAAGUGUGAGUGUGGUGGCGGCACAAUGGCAAUCGUACGGCCGGGAAGCAGUGGGGGCGGCGGCGGCGGCGGCGGGAUCGACGGAGGGGCGGGCAGCUGCUGAUGAAAUGGGUGGUGGUGGAUGAGUGACGAUGAUGAUGACCCCCUUAUUGGCUCCUCUCCCAUCUCGCUCGGUGUCUCGGUGGUGGUCGUCGUGCGACUGAUGGGAUGUGACGACACGGGCGUGUGGUGGAGGGGGUGGGGGCGGGCCGGUGUGAACGGCGCUGCCGCCGAAGACGGUGACAUGUCAUCAGACUGAAGAAUGCAUGGAAAGAGACAAAAAGGGAGUCACACGGGUGGGAGUCUUUCUAUAUUUACCAACCUGGUUUUGUGCCUGCCGCAGGGCUUUGAGGAAUUGUCGCUGUUUCUUCGACGGCCGGGGUGGCUUCUUGCGCGGCGUGUGGUUGAAGUGGCAGAACUGGCAGCUGAUGCCGUUGGCACAGCCGCCCUUGCCGAUGUUGUUGACAAACACACACGGCUUGCAGGCCCCCUGGUGGUGGCCUAUCGACCCGACACUCAGCAGCUUGCCCGUGGUGGGGUCCCGCGGCACCAGCUGCAGCAGCUCCUGACGGGUCAUGCACGACACGUCCGGCAGCCGCGGGCUCAUGCCGCCCCUACCCCUCUCGCCACGGAACCACGGCCCGUGAUGAUGCUGAAACGCCCCCCGACCCGGCCCCGAACGAUACGGCGACGCGAGCCUGACGAGCAGUAUACAUACACAUUGGGUCUUUUCUCCGCACUGCGGUUGGGUGUCCCAAUCUUGCGCACUCACCGCUCUGAUGUGGCGCCCUCUGGGCUGGUGAUUGGCGACGGGUGUGUCGGGUGUGGCGGGGAGGGGGAGGGGGUAGUCAGCGGCGAUGUGUUCAGAGGCGUGUGGCGCUCCGGCGACGAAAGACCCUCGCUGACACACACCACAGACCACACAAGACGACAAAGACAAACAUCGGCUCACCGACGUGCGUCGACUAAUGUGCUGUCUGUCGUUGCAGGCCGCUCACCUGAUCAUCUGAGGAGACGACUGGCCCGCCACGUCCACCUCUGACAUCGAACCAACCAGCCGAUACUUGACUCUGGAGUCCUCGAAGAAUAACACAGACGCCGGAAGGUCGAUCUUGAGACGCUUGGCGCGGUUGCGGAGCGCCACAGUGAGGGCGGCAGACGAGGGAGAGGGCGGCGGCACAUCUGGCUGGAUGUCGAUGCCAUCAUCCUCCUGAAGGGCGAGAGAUGGCUGCGGGGCGCACAGUGUGAGGUGGUGCAGGGGGGUGUGAAGGGUCACUCGCGCAACGGGAGUCGGCCGAUACAGGGCCGCUGCAACACACAGACAGCAGACAGCCACACAGACAGACAGUCAGAUGCCGUUGUCACUGCAGUGCGCUUGUUGCGUUAUCUGUGUCUGCUCACUCACCCAGCAGCGACCUCGUGAGGGGGUCGGUGGUAGAAUCCAAGAGCUCACAGGAGCGGGCCGUGCGCAGGUGCUCAGCGUUGGUGUUUGUGCAGUCAGGAGGUGCGAAGGAGAGGAAGGUGUUGACAAUGCGGGGAGUCCAAGAUAAUGCAGCUGGGGGGGGCGAGAGUGAGGUCGACAUUCCGGCAUCACGCCUUCUUGGAAAUCCC